AUGCACCAUAAGGUCAAGUGUUCCACCUGCACCAGUCAGUGUUCCACCUGCAUCAGUAAGGUCAGAGUGUUCCACCUGCAACAGCAAGGUCAGAGUGUUCCACCUGCAACAGCAAGGUCAGAGUGUUCCACCUGCAACAGCAAGGUCAGAGUGUUCCACCUGCAACAGCAAGGUCAGAGUGUUCCACCUGCAACAGCAAGGUCAGAGUGUUUCCACCUGCAACAGCAAGGUCAGAGUGUUCCACCUGCAAACAGCAAGGUCAGAGUGUUCCACCUGCAACAGCAAGGUCAGAGUGUUCCACCUGCAACAGCAAGGUCAGAGUGUUCCACCUGCAACAGCAAGGUCAGUGUGUUCCACCUGCAACAAGCAAGGUCAGAGUGUUCCACCUGCAACAGUAAGGUCAGUGUUCCACCUGCAACAGCAAGGUCAGAGUGUUCCACCUGCAACAGCAAGGUCAGAGUGUUCCACCUGCAACAACAAGGUCAGAGUGUUCCACCUGCAGCAGCAAGGUCAGAGUGUUCCACCUGCAACAGCAAGGUCAGAGUGUUCCACCUGCAAGCAGCAAGGUCAGAGUGUUCCACCUGCAACAGUAAGGUCAGUGUGUUCCACCUGCAACAGCAAGGUCAGAGUGUUCCACCUGCAACAGCAAGGUCAGAGUGUUCCACCUGCAACAGCAAGGUCAGAGUGUUCCACCUGCAACAGCAAGGUCAGAGUGUUCCACCUGCAACAGUAAGGUCAAACUAUCUUGCUUCAAAUCACAUCAACAACCCUUCACUCUCAAAAAACAUUCUUUUCAUACAAGAUCAUACCAGACCAUACCACAUAAUACUGGAUCAUACCACAUAAUACCAGAUCAUACCACAUAAUACCAGAUCAUGCCACAUAAUACCAGAUCAUACUACAUCACACCAGAUCACUCAGGAUCAUUCCAGAUCAUACCACAUCAUACCAGAUGACACAAUAUCAUACCAGAUGACACAGUAUCAUACCAGAUGACACAAUAUCAUACCAGAUGACACAAUAUCAUACCAGAUGACACAGUAUCAUACCAGAUCACACAGUAUCAUACCAGAUCAUACCAGAUCACACAAGAUCAUACCAGAUCAUACAAGAUCAUACCAGAUCAUACCAGAUCAUAUUAUAUAAACUUGUAGUCUUCAUCCCUUGUUCUUUUAACUUCUUAUAUCUCUGAUGUCAACACUGAUGACAAGACAGUCAUUGGUUAAGUGAUGGUGAAAGUGUUUCUUGUCUUAUGGGUCACCUUACCUGGGUGGGAGACGUCUGGUAUAAUAAAGAGAGAACAUUGGUCUGAGACAUGAGGAGAAGCAUUGUGGGAGUGAAUCCUCACUAUUGAGGCAAGAGAAGUGAUCACUAUCACGGGGAAGGCAUCAGACAAUGUAGUGAGUCUUGUGUCACAUGAAGGACAGUAGUUGAGUCAUGUGUCACGUGAAGGACAGUGCUGUGAGUCUUGUGUCACAUGAAGGCUUUCAAACGAUGAGCUGCAUGCACCAACAGUCCGACUGCUCAUAUCCAGGCCAUUGAUUGACCCUCCACCUAUCCAAGCACCAAAUAAAUCCACACAAAAUAAACCUAUGUGGCUCUCACCUGCGAGGCUCGGGUUCGAUUCCUGGCACAGGAAGGUUAAUUUUACCGGCCUGCGGGGGCACUGACCCCCGAAACCCUCUCCUGGUAUACACGAGUUUCCUCGUAAAAUUCAGUACAAGGAAGGAUUGUUGCAAACUCCCCUACCCCCUCAAUCCACAUUCUACCUCAUUCCUGACAUCGCUGGUGUCCGCUGAGUCGCCAGUUCAUCUGUCCUCUCCCACUAUAUGUUCACUGUGAAAUUGUACCAGAAAUGUUCUUUUUGAAUUUUGAUUGCAACAGAUAUUUGUCUCUAAGUUGUGUGUAAAUUCACUACAGUGGACCCUCGGUUUUCAUGUUUAAUCCGUUCCAGAGCCAUCAGCCUAAACCAAAACCAUUUUCCCCAUAAGAAAUAAUGUAAAUGGAAUUAAUCCAUUCCAGACACCCAGAAGUAUCGACAAUUUUUUUUUUUUACCAUAGAAUUACAUGCACAGAAGAAUGAACAUUCAACAUGACACUUACCUUUAUUGAAGGCUGUUGUUGCUGGAAGAAAGACCCAGGAGGGGAGAGGGAAGAGAGGUUAUUCUUUGGAAGGGAAAUCUCCCUCUAUAAGGCCUCUAGGUACCAAGUCCUUAUCCAGGGUCACUUCCUUCCUUUGUGUUUUAAUGCCACUAGGACCAGCUUGAGUCACUGGACCCCUGUCGCACAAAAUAUUUGUCCAGAGUGCUCUGUUUCUGGCGUCUUUUUAAGAUUUGCCUAAAAUGGGACAUGGCAUUGUCAUUGUAAAAGUCACCAGCAUGGAUUGCAACAUCUUUCUCAGGGUGAUGCUCCUCUACAAAUGAAUGUACUUUAGUCCACAUUGCACAAAUCUCCUUAAUUUUUGAAGAAGGCACCUUCUUCCAUCUCUCUUCUUCCUCCUCUGAAGCAGUUUCCUCAGCUGUGGUCUGUUGCUGUUGCAGAUGAAGCUCUUGCAGCUCAUCAGUGGUUAGCUCUUCAUUGUGGUCCUCCACCAAUUCUUCCACAUCGUUGCCACUCGCAUCCAACCCCAUGGAAUUCCCCAAUGCCACAAUUGAUUGCACAACAGAUGUAGGGUUGACAGGGUCAGCCUCAAACUCUUCAAAAUCCUUCUUUUGGACACAAUCUGACCACAAUUUUCCCCAAGCAGAGUUCAUUUCCUUGAAGUCACUCCCUGCCAAGCCUUAUCUAUAAUGGCUUAUGCCGUGGUAGAUACUGAAGUGAUUCCUCCAGAACUCUCUUAGGGUCAAUUCAGAGUCCAAGGUUAUGUCAAAGCACCUUUGAAAUAGUUUUGGUGUACAAUUCUUUGAAGUUUGCAAUGAUCUACUUGUCCAUGGACUAGAGGAGAGGAGUGGUGUCAGGAGGCAAAAAGU